GACAAUUUGGUGUGAAUUCAAAACAGGAAAAGAGCAGAAAGAAGGAGGCAGCAAAUUCAAAGAGAGAGGGUUCAAGACAGAAAAGCUCCAGUUGCGUUUCCCAUGGAGACGAGGUACCGGCCGAUUUUAGAGAGUUUGGUGCCCCCCGACCCCAUGUCCCAGUUCCACCUGAGGAGAGGUUCCCCUGAGGAGGAGUUUCCUGACCUUUGCAGGAACUCGACCUGGAUGGGACGGAUCCUCACACCGGCCAUGUACCGCCGACAGUUCGACCGCUGCACCCACAGCGGAGUCAUCUUUGAUGAUGUCAUACGCCCGGGCCUGGAGGAACCAGGUGAGUGGUCGGGUCCCGUAACUGUGGGAUGCGUUGCGGGCGACGCCCAGUCCUACAUCCUGUUCUGUGACUUCUUCGACCGAGUCAUCGAGGCGUAUCACGAACACAAGAUCACCAUCCAGACGCCAGAGAGCGACUUCAACUACGAUAACCUGAAGGGGGGUGAUGACUUGGACAGGUCAUACGCUGUGCGCUGUGAGGUGAGUGUCGUUCGAGGCGUCGAAGACUUCUGCUUCCCGACACACUGCAGCCGAGGAGAGCGCAGACAGCUCCUCACACUGGCCAAGAAAGCUCUGCAGCGGCUGGAGGAGGGGCUGCCGGGUGGACUCCUGCUACUGGAGGAGCUGAACCAGGAGCAGCAGGGGGAGCUGAACCUGAGCCCUCCGUCUGCCUCCCAGCUCCGUAUCGGUGUGGCCCGCGACUGGCCUGACGCCAGGGCCGUCUGGUUGAGUAAAGAUGGCAGCCUAGUGGUCUGGGUCAACAUGGAAGACCACCUCAGACUGGUGUCCACACGAGACGACGCCAACAUCGCUGAGGCAUUUAAAUGCAUCUGCAUCAACCUGCAAAAGCUGGAGGCGUACUACAGAGGACUCAGACACCCGUUCAUCUGGAAGCAGCAGCUGGGAUGGGUGACGAGCUCUCCGGCUGACGUGGGGACGGGUCUGAGGAUCAGCGUCCACCUGAAACUGCAACACCUUCCCACGCACAAACGACUCAAGGACAUCCUGAGGAGACUGAGGAUCCGCAUGGACAAAACAGAAUCCCCUGCGCUGUAUCUUGUGAGCAACGUGGCGACCAUCGGCCUGAGCGAGGUGGGACUGACCCAGCUGGUUGUGGACGGGGUCAAGCUGCUCAUCGCAAUGGAGAAGAGGCUGGAGGUCGGCAGAGACGUCGAUGAGCUCGUUCCUACACAGAAGUAGAUCUGGAUGAUAAUUGGCUGGAACGAGCAGGAGAACAGAUGGACUGACCAAUAAGAUGGAAGCGUGUGACUUGGUCCGUCAUUCAACGGAACAGUGUCUUUUCUUCUAGCAACUCAUGUUUUAAACUUUCUUCAUCAGGCCUGUUUAAGUUCCCAAGAGUAGGGCUGGGUGAUGAUUCAAAAUUAGGACAUUUAUUGACACUCAGCUGAAUUAUUUUGUCAUUAUAUGAUCAUAUCAUGUUAUUGGUUUACAAAUCUUUGUUGCUAACAUAAUCAUUUCACACGAACUUAUUAAAAGCUAAUAAGACACCGGUUUUCCGAAGGCAUCAAUUUAUACGAGUUAUGUUUUUAUCUGAAUUUGAUGUAGUAGAUGAACAGACGUCAUUGCACCGCCAUCAGUUUGAUUAUUUUAUAUGUGAUGUUUAAAUAUUUGGUGCAUUAUGAUAAAUAUCAAUACUGGA